UCGGUGAUUUCAGUUGUUAUCUGUACUCAAAUAUGAUUUGUUUUCUCUUUCAACUGUUCACUUUGUCCCUGUUACAUGUGACGUGUGGGGUACCGAUUCAUGGCGAAAAUGGACAAAUAGACGACAGUCCUCAAGCGAGGCUCAUUUUCAAACUGGCUGAUAAAGACAGUAACAUGAUGUUGCUUUACGACGAAUUCGAGCAAGUGUUUCACGACUUUGAUACAGAUCAAAACGGAAACGUCACAUCGACUGAGUUUGUAGACUUAUGGAUACUGGAUAAUCUAGGUGAAGUUCAGCAAGGGGUCAAGUUGUUCCUGAAUCUAGACGUGAACCAGGACUUCGUGAUUGACCACACCGACAUGCCUUACAUCUUCCGGUUCUUUGACAGAAAUGUCGACACGCAGAUAAGCGAAGGUGAAUUUGUUAUACAAUGGGUGAAGAUAUCGCUUUAGCGUAUUUGUUCAUUGUUAUUUUACAAAUUAAGAAUAAAAGCUCUUCUUAAUCACACAUAAA